CUCACGUGCACUUUGCCAACCACUACAAAAUCCACCUUCACUAGCAAAAAUUUUAAUGAGAGUGAAGCGGUGGCAGUGCCUGGAGUACUAGCAAUCUCCUCUACUCCUUCAGGAACACAUUCUUAACGCAACCGACUCAUCGGGCCAAGCUUGAGGAGGAGCACCAUGGCAAAUGUGACAGCUGCACACUUCGUUUCAAGGAGCUCACACUUGAGCAUCUAUCCAUCAGAAACAAUGGCUAUUUCUGGUCAGAUUGGAUUCAGGAGCCAAAGCAUGACUCACAACGGUUUAAGGUCUCUGAACAAGACGGAUAAGCUGCUAAUGAGGAUAAAAUCAAAGGCAGAGAAAAAGGUCUCUGCCACUGAGAAUGGCAGGCCUUCUGGCAAAAUCAUUUGUGGGCUUGGAAUGAACUUGGUCUUUGUUGGUGCUGAAGUUGCUCCUUGGAGCAAAACUGGUGGACUUGGUGAUGUUCUUGGAGGACUUCCCCCUGCCAUGGCCGCAAGAGGGCACCGUGUCAUGACAGUUUCUCCCCGCUAUGACCAGUACAAGGAUGCUUGGGACACCAGUGUAUUGGUGGAGAUUCACGUUGGAGAUAGAAUUGAAACUGUCCGCUUCUUCCACUGCUACAAACGAGGAGUUGAUCGUGUCUUUGUGGAUCACCCAGUGUUCCUUGAGAAGAUAUGGGGAAAAACUGGAUCUAAAAUCUAUGGCCCAAGAGCAGGGUUGGAUUACAAGGACAACCAACUGCGAUUUAGCUUGUUAUGCCUAGCUGCUCUUGAGGCACCAAGAGUUCUGAACUUGAACAGCAACAAAAAUUUCUCAGGACCCUAUGGAGAGGAAGUUGUCUUCAUUGCCAACGACUGGCACACUGCUCUGCUUCCAUGUUAUCUAAAAACCAUUUACAAACCUAUGGGGAUUUACAGAACUGCCCAGGUUGCUUUUUGCAUCCACAACGUGGCAUAUCAGGGCAGAUUUGCCUUCUCAGACUUCCCACUACUCAAUUUGCCCGAUAAAUUCAAGAGCUCUUUUGACUUUAUCGAUGGGUAUGACAAGCCUAUUAGGGGAAGGAAAAUCAAUUGGAUGAAGGCUGGAAUAUUGGAAUCAGACAGGGUUUUGACUGUGAGCCCAUACUAUGCCCAGGAGCUUAUUUCUGGAGUUGAAAGAGGCGUGGAGCUGGAUAACAUCGUUCGUAGAACUGGCAUUAGCGGUAUUGUAAAUGGUAUGGAUGUCCAGGAGUGGAAUCCUGCUGCAGAUAAAUAUAUUGGCAUCAACUACGAUGCCACAACUGUUAUGGAUGCAAAACCUUUGUUGAAGGAAGCCCUUCAAGCAGAAGUUGGAUUACCUGUUGGCAGGGAUAUUCCUUUGAUAGGCUUCAUUGGUAGAUUAGAAGAGCAGAAAGGUUCAGAUAUUCUUGUUGCAGCUAUUUCGCAAUUGGUGAAACACAAUGUGCAGAUAGUAAUCCUUGGAACUGGCAAAAAGAGCUUUGAGAAGCAGAUUGAACAGCUGGAGGUAUUGUACCCUGACAAGGCUAGAGGAGUGGCAAAAUUCAAUGUCCCCUUGGCGCACAUGAUCAUAGCUGGUGCUGACUUUAUGUUGAUCCCAAGUAGAUUUGAGCCCUGUGGUCUGAUUCAGUUGCAUGCUAUGCGAUAUGGAACAGUUCCAAUUGUUGCUUCUACUGGUGGUCUCGUUGAUACUGUUAAAGAAGGUUACACGGGAUUCCACAUGGGAGCCUUCCACCCUGAGUGUGACAGAGUUGAUCCAGAAGAUGUAGCUGCAGUAGUUAAAACUGUCGCAAGAGCCCUUGCCACUUAUGCCACUGCUGCUUUAAGAGAAGUGAUCCUGAAUUGCAUGGCCCAAGAUCUUUCAUGGAAGGGACCAGCCAGAUUGUGGGAGAAAAUGCUCCUGAGCCUGGAGGUUGCUGGCAGUGAUCCUGGCAUUGAAGGGGAGGAAAUCGUUCCUCUUGCGAAGGAGAACGUUGCCACUCCUUGAGUAGCAAGGAUGAUAUUUUGACGGUCUCUGAUAUUGACAUAUAUAUGGAUAUAUUAAAUGCACAUAUAAACGUCCAUUCCAGUUGCACGUCUGCUAGGAUCAGGGCGACCUCUGUUCUGGUUGGUUGGUUUGUUUGUUUGUUUGUUUGUAUUUUGGUUUAACCGUGCAUUCUCUUGCGGACGGUGAAUGGUACCUGAAUCAAUGUCGAGAAUUCAUAACUAACGUGUGUAAUCCUUAUUUAAGGAAACAUAAGACUAUUCACAGCCUUUGCUGGGGGUUAUGUGGAUAAAUAAAGGUUUCUUUGCAUGCC